AUGAGUGCGACGUCUCAGCAGCGCGAUGCCAUCUUUGCCGUCCUGCGCAGCCAGAAGGCCAACAAGAUGUGUGUCGACUGCAGGGCCAAGAACCCUACCUGGGCCUCGGUCACGUUUGGCGUCUACAUCUGCCUCGACUGCAGUAGCAUCCACAGGAACGCCGGUGUUCACGUCACCUUCGUCCGGUCGACCAACCUUGACAUCUGGCACUGGCCUCAGCUGCGCGCCAUGAAGUGCGGCGGAAACGCAGCUUUCCUCGACUUCCUCUCGCGGCAUCCGGGCUCGUACAACCCCAGCUCGACCGACACGAAGGAGAAGUACCUGUCGCGCGGCGCGCAGCUGUACAAGGAGGAACUCGCGAAGAAGAUGGCUGAGGACGAGCGGAUGUACGGCAAGGACCGUGUGGUCGUCGAGGGUGCUGCCGAUACUGCUGCCGCACCUGCGGCGAAGGCGGCUGGUGACGGCGACUUCUUCGACACGUGGGAUGCGCCUCCCUCGGCAGCGAAGAAGCCUCUCUCACCCGCUCCUGCGAUGACCCCUCCUCUUGUCGGUCUCGGCGGCUCGCGCCCCUCCACGCCAGGCGGUACUCUCCUCUCCACGCCUCCCGCGACCUCCGCUCCUCGCACCGUCACAUCCUCGUCCCUCCGCACCACCUCGUCCGCUUCGCUCAACCGGCCCAAGACGCUCGGCGCAACGCGCACGACUUCGUCCUCCGCCUCGACUUCGACCCUCUCUUCUUCGUCCGCUACCGUCGGCGCCUCCUCCGCACGAGGAAAGCUCGGAGCAGGCAAGUUGGGCGUUAAGAAGGGUGGCUCGAUCAACUUCGAGGAAGCCGAGCGCAAGGCACGCGAGGAGGAAGAGCGCAUCAAGCGACUGGGCUACGACCGUCGCAAGGAGGAGGAAGAGCAGGCUGCUGCGGCCGCCGCUGCUUCGGCUGCCUCUGCGGCUGCAGCGAGCAAGGUCGGCGCAAACGGGGCAAACUCGAAGUUGCAGGCUCAGGCGGCGGCGUUGCAGGCGAAGAAGGACAGUGGGGAGAUGGAGAGGCUUGGGAUGGGCGUUAGGAAGCUUGGGUUCGGACAGGUUGCGGGCAUGAGUGGAGAGGCGGCGGCGAGGGAGGCGGCUGCACGGAAGAAGGCCGCCGAGAGGGCUGCGAGCGGAUACGUCGAGCCUGAAGAGUCCGACUACGCGCGGAAAACCUUCGGCAACCAAAAGGGCAUUUCGUCCGACAUGUACCACCAGACCGGCUCGUACGACGCGAACGCCUCGAGGGAGGCGCAGCAGCGCUUGCAAGGCUUUUCGGGCGCGACCGCCAUCUCGAGCAACCAAUACUUCGGCCGCGACGAGGACGAGACGGAAGAGAUGGAAGAGUCGAUCCUGUCGGCCAACGGUCUUGGCAACCUCGAGUCGUCUGCGCGCGACGCCGUCAGGCAGAUCAUGGACGCGGCCGGCAUCGAGGACUUGAGCGACGUACAGAACGCGCUGAGGAACGGCGCGAUGAAGCUUGGCGACUACCUCGCCAGGUACGCCUGA